CCAUCAUUACGAAGCUUCCAAGUCAAUCACCAAGUCCUCCUUCUUGACUUUCUCCAAAAAACAUAUUUUAAGAAAAUAAUUAAAUUUUUGGACUUUUCCUCUCUCUCUCUACCUUCUUCCGUCGUUCACCAAACCGUGUGGUUGAACUUGAAUCACUCAUUCUCUCGCUUCCGCAGCAGCGGAGACGGCGGCGGCGGCGGCGGCGGAGGAGUCCAGAUGACGCAUCCAUCGGGAGUGAACCUCGACAAGUUCUUCGAAGACGUCGAAUCCGUGAAAGAGGAGCUAGCGGAGCUAGAUCGGCUCAACGACGCGCUCCGAACCUCUCACGAGCACAGCAAGACGCUUCACAAUGCCGAAGCCGUCAAGGAUCUCCGCGCGAAGAUGGACGCCGACGUUGGAGUAGCUCUGAAGAAAGCGAAGAUGAUCAAGGUGAAACUCGAGGCGCUCGAUCGCUCCAACGCCGCCAAUCGGAGCCUCCCCGGCUGUGGACCUGGAUCCUCCUCGGAUCGUACCCGGACCUCCGUCCUUAACGGUCUGAGGAAGAAGCUGAAGGACUCGAUGGAUAGUUUCAACCGCUUGAGGGAGCUGAUCUCGUCUGAGUAUAGGGAUACUGUUCAGAGGAGGUACUUCACUGUCACCGGCGAGAAUCCGGAUGAGAGGACUUUAGAUCGGUUGAUCUCUACAGGUUAGUUGAAUCGUUUUCACCUAAGAUUGUAUAGUUCAGUGCUUAUCGUGAAUGUCUCCGAGUUUGGAUGCUUAGAUAGACCUGCAGGUUUGGUUCGUUCGCCUAGUUUGGUUCGGUUAAUUUGGUUUUUGGA